CCCGUUUAUACAAACUUUAAGUGGCCACAACACUAUAAAGUGUGCUUCUCCUCACUCAGUCACGCACGGAUACACACACAUAUUUUCACAAUUCGUCAAGUGAAUUUCUGAGAAGCAAUUUAUCAAAACGACGUCGAUUUAGCUGUAAUCAUGACUAUAAUCAAUCCUCAACAGUUGAACGAUGAUGAUGAAGAGAUGCUUGUGCCGAGUACAGAACACGCUGAUCCUGUUCCUCAGCCUUUGGAAGGUCCUCUUCCCAUGGAAGUAGUGCAAACAAAUGGAACUAGAACAGUGGAGAAUCGAGAGCUUGAUGAUGGGCCUCAUGCAUAUAGAUUCUCAUGGCAGCUUAGGAACUUCUCUAGACUGAACGACAAAGUUUAUUCUACUCAUUUUUCAUGUGGUGGCUUCAACUGGCGUGUGCUUAUUUUUCCCAAUGGGAACAAUGUGGACUGUUUGUCAAUGUAUUUAGACGUGGCAGAUGCUUUAUCUUUGCCUUAUGGGUGGAACACUCGCGCCCAGUUUAGCAUGUCUGUGAUAAAUCAUAUUGAUCCAAAAUACAGCGUGAGAAAAGAUGCGGAACAUAUAUUUCAUGCAAGGGAAAGCGAUUGGGGUUUCACAUCUUUCAUGCAACUUAGUGAGCUCUAUGACCCCAAUAAAGGUUUUCUUCUGCGAGAUACAUGUUUCAUUGAAGCUGAUGUUGCUGUACGUAAGGUUAUUGACUACCGGGGUUAUGACUCUAAGAAGAUGACCGGUUAUGUUGGGCUUAAAAAUCAAGGAGCGACUUGUUACAUGAACUCCCUUCUUCAAUUUUUGUACCAUAUACCAUACUUCAGGAAGGCUGUGUAUCAUAUGCCUACAACUGAAAAUGAAAUACCCUCAGGAAGCAUUCCGCUAGCUCUGCAGACUUUGUUCUUUAAGCUUCAGUAUCAUGAUACCAGUGUUGGAACCAAGGAAUUAACAAAGUCUUUUGGAUGGGAAACAUGUGACUCUUUAAUGCAGCAUGAUGUGCAAGAACUGAACAGAGUGUUGAGUGAAAAGCUCGAACAGAAGAUGAAGGGAACCGCUGUGGAAGGGACAAUUCAAAAAUUAUUUGAAGGACAUCACGUGAAUUAUAUUGAAUGCAUCAAUGUGGACUACAAAUCACUUAGAAAAGAAUCUUUCCAUGAUAUCCAACUUGAUGUUAAAGGAUGUCGCGAUGUUUAUGCUUCAUUUGAUAAAUAUGUGGAGGUUGAACAUCUUGGGGGUGAUAACAAGUAUCAUGCUGAAAAUCAUGGCUUACAGGAUGCUAAAAGAGGUGUCUUAUUCAGCAACUUCCCUCCGGUUCUUCAACUUCAAUUAAAGCGGUUUGAAUAUGAUUUUAUGCGAGACACCAUGGUUAAGAUAAAUGACCGAUAUGAAUUUCCUUUGGAGCUUGACCUUGAUAUAGAGGAUGGAAAAUAUCUAUCACCCGAUGCAGAUAGGAGUAUUCGCAACCUUUAUACUCUUCACAGUGUUUUGGUUCAUAGUGGAGGGCUGCAUGGUGGACAUUAUUAUGCAUAUAUCAGGCCAACUCUUUCUGAACAAUGGUUUAAAUUUGAUGAUGAACGGGUUACAAAAGAAAAUUUGGACAGUGCUCUUGAAGAGCAAUAUGGCGGUGAUGAAGAGUUUACCCCAACUAAUCCUGGUUUUAACAAUGCGCCUUUCAAAUUUACAAAAUGCUCAAAUGCAUACAUGCUUGUUUAUAUACGUGAAAGUGACAAAGAGAAGAUAAUUUGUGACGUGGAUGAGGAAGAGAUCGCAGAACACCUAAGGAUAAAGUUGAAGAAAGAACAGGAAGAGAAGGAGUAUAAAAGAAGAUAUAAAGCAGAAGCACACCUUUAUACAAUUGUAAAGGUUGCUCGUGAUGAAGACCUGUUGCAGCAGAUUGGAAAGGAUAUUCAUUUUGAUCUUGUUGAUUUUGAAAAAGUUCGUCAUUUUCGUAUUCAGAAGCAGAUUCCUUUUAUGAAAUUCAAGGAAGAGGUUGCCAAAGAAUUUGGUGUACCUGUUCAAUUACAGCGGUACUGGAUUUGGGCAAAGCGGCAAAAUCAUACAUACCGUCCAAAUCGAUGUUUGACACCUCGGGAGGAAGCCCAGAUGGUGGGGCAGUUGAGAGAGAUUUCUAAUAAGGGUAACAAUGCAGAGAUGAAGUUGUUUUUGGAAGUCUUACCAGGGCCGGAACAGUGCCCUAUACCACCACCUGGAGGGGAAAAGGAAGAUAUACUUGUUUUCUUUAAGCUGUACGAUCCUAAGAAAGAAGAGCUCAGAUAUGUUGGUAAUCUUUUUGUGAAUUGUGCUGGAAAGCCUAUUGACAUCUUAAGGAAUAUAAAUGAACUGGCUGGUUUUGAUCCUGAUGAAGAAAUUGAUCUGUAUGAGGAAGUGAAAUUCGAGCCUUGCAUCAUGUGUGAACGCCUUGAUAAGGGAUCUUCAUUUCGUUCAAGUCAGAUUGAGGACGGGGAUAUAAUUUGCUUUCAGAAACACCUUCAACCUCAUAGUAUGGAGGAAUAUAGAUAUUCCGAUGUUCCUUCAUUUCUGGAGUAUGUGAAGAACCGCCAGAUUGUUCAUUUUAGACCACUUGAGAGCCCUAAGGAUGAUAAUCUCUGUCUAGAAUUGUCCAAGAUGAAUACGUAUGACGAUGUAGUUGGAAGCUUGGCCCUCAAACUCGGGCUUGAUGAUCCUUCAAAAAUUAGGCUGACUCCCCACAACUGCAUCUCCCAGCAACCUAAACCCCAUCCUAUUAGAUAUAGAGCAGCAGAGAAUUUAUUGGACAUGCUGGCUUUUCGGGAUCAGAUCUCUGAUAUUCUGUAUUAUGAAGUGCUGGAUAUUCCUUUGCCAGAAUUACAGAGUCUGAAAACCCUGAAAGUUGCUUUCCUUCGUUCUCCUGAGGAAGAGGUGGUCGUCCACAACAUUCGACUGCCUAAGAAAAGCACUGUAGGCGAUCUUCUUGAUGAAAUUAAGACAAAGGUGGAACUGUCUCACCCUAAUGCAGAACUCAGAUUGCUUGAAUUGUUGCAUCACAAGAUUUACAAGAUCUUUCCUCUAGAUGAGACAAUUGACAACAUAAAUGACCAGUACUGGACACUGCGUGCGGAGGAGAUUCCAGAGGAAGAGAAGAACUUUGGUCCACACGAGCGCUUGAUUCAUGUGUAUCACUUCAUCACAGAGACUGCACAGAAUCAAUUGAGAAUACAAAAUUUUGGGGAGCCCUUUUUCUUGGUCGUCCAUGUAGCUGAUACUUUAGCAGAAAUUAAGAUGCGCAUUCAAAAGAAGUUGAGUGUUUCAAAUGAAGAAUUCUCAAAGUGGAAGUUUGCUUCCGUGUUAAUGGGGAGGCCAGAAUAUUUGAUGGACACGGACAUAAUAUCUAGCCGUUUCAAGAGAAGGGAUGUUUAUGGUGCUUGGGAGCAAUAUCUGGGUUUGGAACACGCUGAUACUACUAAAAGGGCUUUCACAACAAACCAGAAUCGGCAUGCUUAUGCGAAACCGGUCAAAAUAUACAACUAAAAAAUGAGCUGAACCACCUAGAAAUCAAUUUUGAUAAUUGACAUACGAUUGGAGAUACAAACUGAAUGUACAAGAGGGGAAGGAUAGGAAAACAUCAAAUUGCGAUGUGGCAGGAAGAAGACCCGACAUAAGUUGUGUUCUGUGUUUUCCUAGUUAGUUUCUUGGGUUUUGAGUAAUUAUGUAGGCAAAGGAAAGCAAUUAUUCAGACUCAAUUGGAGAAAUUGCUUUUCAUCUUUGAUACAUGCAGGUUAGUUCUUUGGAUUUUUUGAAUUAUUUUGGUCAUCGGGAUAGUGCGUACAUAAAAGAUUUUGAUUUAAGGGAAGGUGUAAGCUGGGUAAAGUUGGUUACAUGUUCAAAGUUAUCUAAAUUAUCAUCCUUGCUUAUCAUGCCGUCUUGUGAUUGAUUGACAGUGCAUGUACAGCAAUAUGGUGAAUUUGUAAAGAAUAUUAUCUUAGUUUUAUCCUAGUUCACUGUA